ACUCCGGCUGUUAUACGUCACAGGAGCGGCAUGGAGGCAUGAUGUCGCUACCGAAAUGAAUGGGUGCUAAGAAUUCCUGGGAGUUGCUGGUGUUGAGUUGAUUUUAAAAGCAGCAUCGCAAUGUUUUAAACAGGUUAACACGCACCAAAGCCUCACGGACUCGGAGUCAAUGGAGUGCGACAUUUUGGACUCGCUAGAACAGCUGGGCUAUGACGGCCCUCUGCUGGAGGAGAAGGCGCUGCUCGGAGCCGCAGAGGCAGGCCUGUCCUCGCAGGAGUAUGUGGACCUGUGCAGGUGGCUGGCGUCCAGGUUAAAGCCGCUGUGUGGCUUGGAGGAGAGUAUCACAUCCGGUCUAGACGACACUGACAGCCUCCAGGUUGAGUUGAGCGGUUUGUUGAAGGAGUUGCACUGUCCUUAUGAAGAAGUCGUCUCAGGAAUUCUCAAGGGAGCUGUGCGAAAAACAAAAGAUCAUCUCAAGUUUCUCUUGUUUCUCAGCUCUGAGCUCCAGGCCGCUCAGAUUGUGAGAAGCAAACAAGCCUCUGAUAAACAGCAAGAUGAGAGUCCGGAAAAUCAGGAGCUUCUCGCAAUCUGUGAAACACUGAAGCUACCAGAGCCCAGAGGAUCAGACGCAGCAGGGGUCCUCUCCCAAAUUCAAAACAAGGUUGAUAAAGUACUUAAAGAUCUUCCAAAUGCCUCGGUUGGAAGUCCAGUGUUGAAGAAAUCUCUCAGCAGUGAUCAGUGGGAGAAGUUGCAUAAUAUUAACACAGUCCUGUCUUCGGAAUACGAGUGUCGGCGCAGGAUGCUGAUCAAACGGCUGGACGUCACAGUUCAGUCAUUCGGGUGGUCAGACAGAGCCAAGGUAAAGGUGGACAGCAUGGCAAGGGCCUACCAGCCUAAGAGACACUCUCUGACGCCACAGUCCACCGUGGACAUGGCCAAGCUGCUGGCAGCCAGAGAAGACAUCUGCAACGUGGUGAAGACCAGCAGCGGCUCCAGCAGAGAGAAAACCGCCUGUGCUGUCAACAAGGUCCUGAUGGGGAGAGUGCCUGACAGAGGAGGACGUCCCUCUGAGAUAGAGGCCCCGCCUCCUGAGAUGCCACCCUGGCAGAAAAGACAAGACGGCGGAGGUGGCGGUGGUGGCUGGGGAGGACGUGGUGGAAGAGGAGGAGGAGGAGGAGGAGGAGCAAACUGGGGACAUGGAGGAGGAGGUCGUGGUGGUGGUGGUGGUGGUGGUUGGAGGGGAGGCGGAUGGAACCAAGGAGGACAUAGUGGACAUGGAAGUUAUGGAGGACAUGGUGGAUACGGAGGACACGGAGGGAAGAGAGGACGGUACCAGUAUUAAUCUAUUUUGAUUUUCUCUUGUGUUUCUAUUCACAUGGACUCAGUUUUCUGUUUUCCAUUGAAGAUCGCAUUUUUUCAAAGGAUGACAGACUUGGCAGCAUUCAGUGACAAAUCUCAAUUUGUCCUGGGUGAUAUAGAAUGCCCCUAUUUUUACUUUUAUCAGUGUUUCAUUUUGCCUUUUUAAUAUUCUCAUCACUGUUUUUUUGUCAGUGAAUACCAUACAGUUUUGUUUCAUAGGAAGCUGAUAGGAACAAAUGAUUUAACAUGUGCAUUGGGCUGUGUUGUUUAUAUGACAGAGUAAAGUAUAGGUGUUCCUUUAGUACUGACAGAACAAAGGGAAAACAGGAUACUAAAAAGAUUAGUAAAUAGUAUGUAGUAUGGAAUUCGGACACAGUUUGUGUUUCUGAUAAGGUGCAGGUAAAAUAUGGAAAUGAUUGGAGCACUGAAAAUACACUUCAUACGCUUUCUUAACAUAAAAUACGAGAUCUUUACCCUUAAACAUUUUACUUUUUAAAGGCUGCUUUUUCAAUUUAAGUGUUGAUGUAGGGACAGAGUUAAGAGAUGUUGAAGACAGUGUCUCCAAAAAGUUGACAACAGAUCUCGCCUGGUUUGUGCAACCUGCUGCUGCCUAUUGAGGGAACAAACUGAUGCCAGUGUAAGAAGAUAGGACUAAAACACAGGGAGGUUUAACUUCUGAAUCAAACCAUAUUUCACCUGUGUGACCCUCGAGCGUGCUCUUCCUCCCUGUUGAGGAUUAAAAAAAAAAAAACUCACUUUUUAAAUCCAUAUUUUACUUGAUAUUUUAGACUUUAAAAUGAUCAGAUCUCACCUCCUUUCCUCAAAGAUUCUGUACCAGCUAUAUGUACAUGUAUGAUGAUUGUGAUCCUUUUUAACCUUUGAAUUUAUUUAAUAAAAACCAAUAAUAUAAA